CAACUACCCGACCUCGGGAUGCGCGGGAGUUUGUGUAGGACCAAGUCGAUCUCCAUGGACGACGGCCACUUCUACAUAGUCAUGGAGUGGCUGGGCGAGGGCAACUCUGAGGCCGCCAUGGGCCCCCUGCCCGUGGACAACGACACGGCACGCCACACCGCCCAACAGGCCCUCAAAGGCCUCCGGACCCUACACACACACAACGUACGCACACACACACAGACAGACACACAGACAGACACACAGACAGACAGACCUACGCAGAUCCAUGUCAGUAGGUAUCUUCCUUAUCAUAUCAUCGUGGCCCUCUGUCUGCCUGCCUGCCUGCCUGCCUGCAGGUGACGCACUGUGACGUGUCCCUCCGCAAUCUGAUGCCGCAGCGAUCUCGCGCCGUGUUGGUCGACUUCGACACGGCCCUGGUCCCGGGCCUGGACAGACACACAAACGUCUGGGGCACUCUCAACUAUACGGUCAGUCAGUCAGUCAAUCAGUCAGUCAGUUAGAGCGGAGGCUGUGGAUUGCAUAUGUGUGUGUGUGUGUGUGCUUCAGGCGCCGGAAGUGUUUGAGUCGUGUGACUACGGGCCUGCCAGCGACCUAUGGGCAAUGGGCGUGUGCAUGUAAGUGACCUGCACACCACGCCACACACACACACACACACACACGCGCACAUGCACGCACAUGCAUGGGUGUGUGGUGUGUGGUGUGUGUGCGUCAGCUUCGAGCUGGUUACGGGCCGGAUGCCCUUCUUUUGCCUGGAUCGGCGGCCGCAGAGCGUCCGGAAUGCACUCAAAGCCAUGCGACGGGUGCGUGGGUGGGGGGAGGGCGAAAGGGCUGACUGACUGACAAGGGUCCCUACACACAGGCCAGGCCCUUCCUUGCAAAUGAAUCAAUCGGGGAAUGUAUCUAUCGUCUGUAUGGCUUUCUUCGUGUGGGUGCCGUGCCGUGCCGUGUGCGUCUGUUUUUUGCUGCACAGGGGGUCCGGUUCACUGCGAGCGAUGGCGUGCCCGACGCCGCACAGGAUCUCAUUCGCGGCCUCUUGACAUACGACAAACACAGGCGGAUCCAAUCAGGUAGGUCACAUUAACAUUAAUGUGGGUCCGUCCAUACGUAUGCACACACAUGGACGGAUGGAUGGAUGGAUGUGUGUGUGUGUGUGUGUGUGUCAGGUGGCGGCGGUUUGUGAUCGUUGCCUACAUUCUAUAUUUUGAAGAAAGUGAGUGCCCGUAUAAACAUGUCUCCAUGGACUCUGAUCGAUAUUUCAUUGAGAUUGCUUUCAGUCACUCAGACAGCAAACCCUCACAGAUAGAUUGAAUGUACAUUGAUUCGAGUCAUUGAUUCGUGUUACGACCCAGUCGCGGGGGGCGUGUCUCCCGCGCCUCCAUGCCAAAUCGCCUCUUCAGAUCGCUAGCUGGCGGGAACAAUGGUGCAUUUGAUGACGUCGUUCUAUUCAAGUGCCGGCGGUGUUGGGUAUGGGUG